AACACAACAGAGUCAAAUGUUUUUCACUUUUAAGGAAAAAAUAAUAAAUAAUUUUUCCGUGUAUUUUGUCUAGUUUAUAGUAAAACCAUAUUUCCUAUGGUAAGUCACGUUCGUGAUGAAGUUAAUAAUCUGGUAGUCAGUACAAAUUUUACCAUUUUUUAUGUGAAAAUUACGUGAAAGUUGAGCAAAGGGAAACGUCACUUCUGUCAGGAAAAAUGUCCGUCAGUGUUAAAAAACAAGAGAUUCAUUAAUGAACACUUACUAAGGAUUUUUAGUCUUUUGUGCUCUAAAAUGAAUUGUUACAAUAAGAUUUUAAUGUAAACUGGAUGUUAGUGUAAAUAAUGAUCAAGUAAAGAUAAGUACUACUAAUAAUAUUGGUGUUCAAAAUACAUAAUAAAGUAGGAACUAUGUCAACUAUGAAGAGUGGAGCUUUAGCCAAAAAGGAAGGCAAAAUGAGGAUCAGAGCUUUUCCUAUGACUAUGGAUGAGAAGUAUGUGGAAAGCAUAUGGGCUCUGUUAAAAAAUGCCAUACAAGAAAUACAAAAGAAAAAUAAUUCAGGCCUUAGCUUUGAAGAGCUAUACCGCAAUGCAUACACCAUGGUACUACAUAAACAUGGUGAAAGGCUAUACACAGGACUCAAAGAAGUUGUUACUCAUCAUUUAGAAUUUAAGGUUAGAGAGGAUGUUCUAAAGUCCCUCCACAAUAACUUUUUAAUGACAUUAAACCAGGCUUGGAACGAUCAUCAGACUUCCAUGGUGAUGAUCCGUGAUAUACUUAUGUAUAUGGAUAGAGUUUACGUCCAGCAAAAUGACGUUGAUAACGUUUAUAAUUUAGGAUUAAUUAUAUUCAGAGACCAAGUUGUUCGGCACGGGUGUAUUCGCGACCAUUUAAGAGAGACUUUGCUGGAUAUGGUGAUGAAAGAGAGACGAGGUGAGAAAGUGGACCGUAUAUCAAUAAAAAACGCCUGUCAAAUGUUAAUGGUAUUGGGAAUAAACUCUAGGACUGUCUAUGAAGAGGAUUUUGAACGGCCGUUUUUGCAACAAUCGGCAGAGUUCUAUAAGGUUGAAAGCCAAAAAUUUUUAGCCGAGAACAGCGCUUCUGUGUACAUAAAAAAAGUAGAGGCUAGGAUCAAUGAGGAAUCUGAUAGAGCAAAACAUUAUUUGGAUGAAUCAACUGAACCUAGAAUUGUGGAGGUUGUGGAAGAGGAGCUUAUUAAGAAACAUAUGAAAACCAUCAUUGAGAUGGAAAACUCAGGUGUGGUGCACAUGUUGAAGCAUCAAAAACCAGACGAUUUAGCGUGUAUGUAUAAUAUAUUCGGACGAGUUAAUGAUGGACUAAAAACGAUGGCGGACUGCGUCAGUCACUACUUACGAGAACAAGGAAAAGCACUGGUACAAGAGGAGGAACAUCAGCCCGGUACAAACGCGAUUACCUUUGUACAGUCCUUGUUAGAUUUGAAGGACGGUUUUGAUCACUUUCUUAACAAUUCGUUUAACAAGGACAAGAUAUUUAAGCAGAUGAUUGCCUCCGAUUUUGAACAUUUCCUGAAUUUGAAUCCUAAGUCUCCCGAGUAUUUGUCCCUCUUCAUCGAUGACAAAUUGAAAAAAGGAGUUAAGGGGAUGUCUGAGCAAGAUAUUGAGCUGGUGCUUGAUAAGUCGAUGGUGCUAUUUAGAUUUUUGCAGGAAAAGGACGUGUUUGAACGGUAUUACAAGCAACAUCUGGCUAAACGUUUGCUUUUGAACAAAUCAGUGAGCGACGACUGGGAAAAAAAUAUGAUUUCCAAGCUGAAGACGGAAUGUGGGUGUCAGUUUACGUCGAAAUUAGAGGGAAUGUUUAAGGAUAUGACCGUGUCCAAUAGUAUCAUGGAGGAAUUUAAAGAGCACGUGACUAAAACGGAUGCCAAUUUGGGAGGAGUGGAUUUGUUCAUGAGAGUGUUAACAACUGGAUUCUGGCCGACGCAAAGUGCCACACCGAAGUGUCACAUACCUGCCGCACCACUAUCAGCUUUCGAAUGUUUCCGAAGGUUUUAUCUGGCAAAACAUAGCGGCCGUCAGUUGACUUUGCAGCCUCAACUAGGUAAUGCAGAUCUCAAUGCUGUUUUCUACGGUGCAAGGAAAGAGGAAGCGGAGGGAGCAUGCUCCUCUUCAACAAGUUUGGGAGGCAGCACGAGGUCCGGCGCACGUAAACACAUCAUUCAAGUAUCCACUUAUCAGAUGGUAGUCCUAAUGUUAUUUAAUAAUCACGAAAAAUUGACGUACGAGGAAAUUUUAAAUGAAUCUGAUAUUCCGGAAAGAGAUCUCAUCAGGGCUUUACAAUCGUUGGCGAUGGGUAAAGCAACGCAACGUAUCUUGAUUAAGACCCCCAGGACGAAAGAAAUUGAAUCAUCUCACGAGUUCCAUGUGAACGAUUCGUUUACGUCGAAGUUACACCGGGUCAAAAUUCAGACUGUCGCAGCUAAAGGAGAAAGCGAACCUGAAAGACGAGAAACGCGUAGCAAGGUUGAUGAAGAUAGAAAACACGAAAUAGAAGCUGCCAUAGUAAGAAUCAUGAAAUCCCGAAAAAGGAUGGCACACAAUAAUCUGGUGACCGAAGUAACCGAGCAGUUGCGCAGCAGAUUCCUCCCGUCACCGGUUAUAAUAAAAAAACGUAUCGAAGGACUGAUAGAACGCGAAUAUUUGGCGCGGACGCCCGAGGAUCGCAAAAUCUACACGUAUGUCGCUUAAACAUGAUUCGACGCGUCUGUUCGUGCAAUUUUUCUCUUCGUGUCACGUCGUGAUAGUGUAUAUGAAAAAAAAGUUUAAAAACCGGAUUGUCUCCUUGCAGUGACUGUGUAAAUUUAGUGACUUUGUUGUAUAAAUUCGAGCCGACAUAAAACAGUUUUGGAAAUGUAUAAGGAACCAACUUUGAUCCGUUGCCUUAAUUAUGUAAUAUGUGUUGUUCAGACAAUUUGGGAUCUGUUUCAUGAUGAUGAAAGACAAUUAUUUAUUAAUUUACUCUUGUAAAAUAGAUUGUAGAGUUUCAAAUCAAAAACGAGGCCACCUUAAGUUUGCAAAAUAAGUUUAAUAGAACUGAUAUGCCUAUUGAUUUGUGGUUUUUAUAUAGGAGGUUAUAAGAGAGUAAAAUUAUAAAGAGUAUGUGGUUAAUAAAGUGCUUUUCAUUGAA